CUUUUUUCCAUAAACGGUGAAGCAGCUUCGGAAGCCUUCGGAACUUCGGAAGCCUUCGGGAAGCGUGACGUCACAGUUCCGAGACGACCACUUGAGUUACUUUUUUACUAUCGAAUCCAAGUGAUUUUAAGAUGGCAUCAACAGGAGUCAGCGAUCGGGGCUUGGCUGUUAUGGAUGAUCACGCCUGCAGUGAGCAGCAACUUAAGUGUGUGCAAGAGGUUUUACCACAUGGCUACAGGUAUAGAGUAACGGCAUUUGAACCUAAAUCUGAGGGAAAAUUCAAAUGUGAAGUCCGGCUGGCAAUAUUUAAUGCAGAUGAUGCAAAACUGUGGCUUACGAAAUUUCAAGAAAGAAGCAAGGUUACCUUGCGUGCUAGGGCUUGUGUGCCAGCAAAGGAGCGGGGCAAAAAUAUUUAUAAACAAUACUUCAGAUGCCAGCACAAUACCAACCCAGCUUCUGCUACAGCCAACAGCCGUCUUGGUUCCAAGAAUUCAAACUGUCCAGCUCUGCUAACAAUUGUUGUACGGAGACAGCUUGGAAAACACAGCAGAGCAAAGAACAUAGACCCACUUUUGAAAGAGUUCCCUACAUGCCUUCAGAUUGAACACACUCACAAUCAUAGUCUGUAUAGUGCUGAUUCUCUACGUCAUAGGGAUGUUAAUGAUGAGACAAUCGCCAAAUUCAAAUGGCUUUUUUCAAAGGGCCACUCUCCAUCUUCAGCACUUGAAAUGCAUCAGAUGGACCUCCAAAUGGAACAUGGAGCCAACUAUAUAUAUCAGGCUGCUGACAGAGCUUUUUGUCCUGAUGUUCAGUUUUGUUACAGGCUGUACAAGAAAGUAUUUGAUGAGAAAUACCCUUCAACCUCUUCAGAACAGUUGAUUGACAGCCUAGAGACAGCUUGCAGGACAUUCAAUGCAGAACUAAAUGGGGAGUUCUGCAAGGUAAAAGAAACAGCAUCAGGGAAAAUAGCCAUAGCUGUCUGCACUCCCCUCAUGAUGAGAGUGCACACACUGCACCGUGCAAGCGGUGAACUCGUUUUUAUGGAUGCCUCAGGGGGGGUGGACAGGUAUGACUUCAGAGUUUUCCUGCUUCUCACUCACAGUGUUGCAGGUGGACUCCCUUUAGGCUGCCUUAUUGUUUCUUCUGAAGCAACAGAAGUAAUAACAGAUGCCUUGUCACUGUAUAAAGAACUUUUGCCAUCUGAUGCUUUUUUUGGAAGGGGUAAUAGAGGACCUCAGGUGUUCCUCACAGAUGACAGUAGUGCUGAAAGGCAGAGCCUGCAAGCUGCAUUCCCUGAAGCAACACUUCUUCUUUGUACGUUCCAUGUACUUCAGGCCGCUUGGCGCUUCCUCUGGGAGGCCCGAAACAACAUACAAAAAGAAAGCAGGCCUCAUCUACUGAGCAUCAUCAAAAAAAUGGUUUAUGCUCAGAGUGAUGAUGAAAUAGUUAAUGUUUAUGAUAAUGCCUGUAGAGAUGAUGUUGUUAGGAACAAUCCCAAAUUCAAACUGUAUUUAGAAAAGCAGUUUGAACGAAAAAGUCUAUGGGCAGUUACUUUUAGAAAAGACCUUCCUGUGCGUGGAAAUAACACAAACAACUACUGUGAAGCAGCUAUGCAUGUUUUGAAAGAUAAAAUCUUCUGCCGCACACGUGCCUAUAACACUCAGCAGCUGCUUGAUUUCUUAUUAACACGGCUUCCUGCCUACUAUGAAAGGCGGCUGUUGAACCUUGCCAAUGGUAGGAGAGAUGCUACAGUUAGCAGACGUUAUUUAUAUGGUACAGAAAAUAUUAAGAGGGAAAUGGUUCAGUCUGUAGGAGAUUUCUUUUUGAAGUUAAAAGUGAGAAUGAACAUGGAUAUCAAAGCAAGGAGACAUUUCUUCCAGCUAGCAACUGGACAUGAUAAUAUUCAGGAGGAAUGGUUCCAGCCUCUUGUUGAUAAUCGAGAAGACGUCAUUGAACCGCAUACUUCCAGUACAAAUUUGGAAACUGAAGACACAAAAUUUGAGACUGACAACAACAACAGGAUUGAAGAAAUACUGACUCAUGACUCCGAGGACGAAAAGGAAGCGACUGAAGUUGUUGCUUAG